AUGGAGGAAGGUGAAAAAAUUAUUGAUGAGGAAGAGAAAAUUGAAGAAAAAAAUCCAUUAAUUAUAUCUGAUAAUAAUUUUCCACCAAAAUAUAAUGUUUUUUGUGUACCUAAUAAACAAUCAUUAAAAGAUCGAUUUUGUUAUGGAAACUUAGAUGCUUAUAUAAUUGGAUGUGCUCAUAAUAAUUAUCCCCUUCACUUAGCAUCAUUUUGUUUUGGAUUUAAACAUUUAUGUUCUAAAGUUAAUUUUCCUAAUGAUGGAUUUUGUGAUAAUGAAUAUGAACAUUAUCAAAGAUUUUGUAAAGUUAAUGAUAGAGAUGGAUGUGCAUUAGAUACAAAAGUUUAUUGUGAUUAUGCUAAUGGUAAUCGAACAAAUGAUGAUGAAGUUUCAAGAUUGGCAUAUGGAUGUUUUUGUGAUCCAUAUAAAUGUUUAAUAAGAAGAGGUGGUUUACAUACAGCUCAAUGGUGUCAAAAAUAUGAAUUAUUUUGUGAUAGUAAACGACGUGAAGAGGAGUCACAGGAGUUGUCUGAAAUUAUAACAAAAUCAGUUGUCGUUCACCAACAUUGUACUAUUUUUUUACAUUUUGCAAAAGUUUUAUGUAAUCCUUUUGGACCUGAUUAUGAUCAAGCAAGAUGUACAAAAUUUUUAUUUGAUUGUGAAUUAAUUACUGAUUUUAGUAAAACUGAAGGUCUUAAAAAUACAGAAAAAAAUUAA